AUGCGUCUCCAGAAUCACCCAAACCCUAACCCUGAAAUUUUCCUCGAAUUCAACGGCAAAACAGUCCCCACCGAUGAAGAAAACAUCUCCGACGCAAUUAGCCUCGCCACUGAAGAGAUCGCCGGAAAAGGGAAAGGGAUUUCAAACAAACCCUUAACCCUAGUCGUGAAAAAGAACGGCGUCCCCGAUUUAACCAUGGUUGAUCUGCCCGGUAUAACUCGAGUUCCGGUUCACGGCCAACCCGAUGACAUCUACGAACAAAUCUCCAAAAUAAUCAUGGAGUUUAUCACACCGGAAGAGAGCAUAAUCCUCAAUGUUUUAUCGGCAGGUAUCGAUUUCUCGACCUGUGAGUCUAUAAGAAUGUCUCAGAAAGUUGAUAAAACCGGGCAGAGAACUCUUGCUGUUGUCACGAACCUUUUUCCAAUCCCCCGAAGGAUUGCCCCGCGCCCGGUCCCCGGCUGA